CUUCCCCCCCCCUCUCACCCAUCCCCGCCGCCUCAGGAGCCUCAGCCGUAGCCGCAUCGGCGGGCCGGGCGGGGGAUUGAUGUGGGGGCCUCGGAGAUGAGUCCGCCGGCCGCCGGGUGCUGCCAUGUGACCGGCUUCAAGGUGGAGAACUGGAAGCAGAACCUGCGGGUGAUCUACCAGUGCUUCGUCUGGAGCGGCUCGGCCGAGAGCAGGAAGCGCAAGGCAAAGUCGUGCAUCUGUCAUAUGUGCGGUGCCCAUCUGAACAGACUUCAUUCUUGCCUGUACUGUGUCUUCUUUGGCUGUUUUACAAAGAAACAUAUUCACGAGCACGCAAAGGCAAAGCGACACAACUUAGCCAUAGACCUUUUGUAUGGGGGUAUAUACUGCUUUAUGUGUCAAGAUUACAUAUAUGACAAAGAUAUGGAACAAAUUGCCAAAGAAGAACAGCGGAAAGCUUGGAAACUACAAGCCUUCACCCCAACAAUGAUUUCUCACUACCAGUGUACAAUGACAGGUAUUGGAGAGAAGUAUUCAACUUGGGAGCCAACCAAACGAGAGUUAGAGCUGCUUCGACAUAACCCCAAGCGACGAAAAAUAACCACAAACUGUACCAUAGGUCUACGGGGGCUAAUUAAUCUUGGGAACACAUGUUUUAUGAACUGUAUUGUCCAAGCACUUACUCACACUCCACUGCUGCGAGAUUUCUUCCUCUCCGACAGACACAAAUGUGAAAUGCAAAGCCCCAGCUCGUGUCUGGUCUGUGAAAUGUCUACGCUUUUUCAGGAGUUCUACUCUGGGCACCGAUCUCCUCACAUUCCAUAUAGGUUAUUGCACCUGGUAUGGACACACGCACGGCAUUUAGCAGGGUACGAGCAGCAGGAUGCCCACGAGUUCCUCAUUGCUGCCUUGGAUGUGCUACAUCGACACUGCAAAGGUGACGAUAAUGGGAAGAAAGCCAGCAAUCCCAACCACUGUAACUGUAUCAUAGACCAAAUCUUCACAGGUGGACUACAGUCUGAUGUCACUUGUCAGGUCUGCCACGGUGUGUCCACAACGAUAGACCCCUUCUGGGACAUCAGUCUGGACUUGCCCGGUUCCUCCACCCCAUUUUGGCCUCUGAGCCCAGGCAGCGAUGGCAGCGUGGUGAACGGAGAGAGCCACGUGUCAGGAACCACCACCCUCACAGACUGCUUGCGAAGGUACAGACUGGCAGACUGGCAUUAGAAAGGAGCAAUCUCACCUUCCCUCCUCCUGUCUGCAGAUGAGCAAUUGGCAGGCAGAUGGCCCAGGAGCACAAAAAAAAACAAAAAACCAAACCCCCACCACCGCAUCUGCAAUUAUUUCUGCUGAAUCAUCGUGCAAGCAACUCAAUUCCCUUGUAGGAAAAGAGGUCAGGACAAAAAUUAAGCAUGUAGCAUAAAGUUGAUAGAAGCUGGUAGGUAAUCAAGACAAACAACCCCCUCAGUUUAGCUUUUCCCCAUGAUAAAUUCUCAGCAGGGUGUAUCCUUAAUUAUAUUAGAUGGUAGACGGUAUUACUUCGUAUGUUGCAAAGCGAGGUGAGCUCAGGAUAAACAAAAACACCUUUGAUCUCUCAUCUUAACAGGCGUUUUAAAUAAAACGUCGUUGAACUAUGGCCUACAUGUGCGGCAUCUCUGUAGAGACUUAGGUGCAGGUUCGCAAUCCUUGUUUUCCUUAAUUCUGGAUAGUCUGCCUCUUACCUAUCCCUCCCUCGCUCAGUGAACGGAAGUGGAGUCUCAUAGAGGUAAGGAAGAGAAAGCCAACAUAACAGAGGAAUUGCCAAGUGAAGCAGCCAGCCAAAAGCAGGAAACCUCCAUUGCUUCACCAGUUUUUGGACCCAGAAUUUGGAAAUUCUACUAGUCUUUUAACAGAUUGUUCUGCUAAAAUACAAUGUGGAAUGCAUCUUAGUGCUGAAUUCAAGAAAGAUCGACAGACGAGCAAUGUCCAGCAGGUUUCAUCCUUCUUUGAAAACACAGUAAGCAGAUUGCUUUUCCGUCCCACCUGAUGCAACUAUCACUUCACAAAAAAUAUCUGAAAGGUUAUAGAAUUAUCACACAACCACCUCUCCUCCUGGAAGAUUGGAAAGAAAAUAUUUGCUGGAGAAUUUGCACAACAGAAUACAGAAAUCCAUUCAAAGAAGACCGUACAGACUUUCUUGACUCCAAAUGGAUAACAGGACAGUCGAGAUAGAGGGGCCUCAAUGAAUUUACACUCAAUUUCCUUGCAAGAAUGGGAGAUGGUUUCAUCUGUAAUUAUCCAUAGUCUCGGUUGAAUAUUGAAAAUAUUUCCACAGCUUUUAACUGUUUACCUGUUCACUGUUUCAUUGUUUGCCACCUGUUUACCUGCUUUGGGGUUAGUUAAAUGAAGAUACUCAUGGGGAUAUCUUUCUUCGUUCACUGAAUCAUCGCACUGUAAUUAGGACAUUGAGAACUAAAUUGUUUAGGACGGUAGAUUGGUUCCUCCCCCUAAGAUGCUUCCAUUUUCUUGGAAUCUGGCAAGCACCUUCAGAACAAUGCUAACCAGAUCCAUUCGGCUAUCACUAUUAUAGUAAUUAAGGUCAUAGGAACAGCCUUACUGGAUCAAACUUCCAUCUAAUCCCAUAACUGUCGGCUGGUACAUAUUUUGGUGGCCACCCUAAACAAAUUCUGGAGUUCGCCUUUAAACCUUUUCCUUUAACGUGGAAGUACUACUGUACAGUAACAAUGCCAAUAGAGCUAUGCUUUUGUCUUAUUGCUUCAUACUAUGUAGGGUUUAUUUGUUACCUUAACACCAAAGCCAAUAAAUACAUCGUCUUGCUUUCUAAGUAAUUCUGCUCCAUUCAUCAAGCAGGAAAUUUCAGAAGACGUUAAUCUCACAUUCCAAGUUAGUUUUGGCUCUCCAGAGAUUUUAGGAGGCUGUUUCUUUCACGUCAGAAGUAGAUAAUGGCUAAUCUGGAACUGUUGUAGCUUUAGGCAAGAUUGGAAGAGAAAUGCUGCAAAUAUGAAAUCCUUGAGGCUUCUGGAUUCUAGCUGUCUUUAGCUGUAACCACUACAGUCAGCAGCCGCAAUUGCUAAAAGAUAUAAUUCGUUUAGAAGUUGUGUACCCUUUGUGUAGAGACUUGAGGAUUAGUUCUGUGUAGUCUGUGUCUCUCAAAUGGCUAGUUUUGGCAUGGCUGUUCCAUGCGAAGAAUGCGUUGUAUGUAGAAGGCCUGUUACCAAACGAUCUUCUUGAUGGACGGAGGACACCAAUUUGUAUGGAAGAAGGUUCAGUGUUGGUCUUAUGUGCUGCCUCAGUACAGAAUUCAGAUUUACUGUUUCAAUAAGCGAUCCAAGCAAUGCCUCAACAAUUCCAAGGUUUGCAUAUUCCUUUUUUUAACCAGUUGAUCUCUUUGAGCCUGGAAGGUAAGGAUGGCAAUUAUAAAAACCUGCAUUUAGAUUUCACCCAAGAUCAG